GCCGCUGUGGGAUCCAAGGCUGCCGAGGGAGCCAUGGCCGCCUCCCGAGGGAAGCGGGGCGGCUCCUACGAGCGGCUGAGCCCCACGGGCACGGAGAAAUACAACACUGAAGAGAAUGUUUUUUUCUUCAGUAAAUUGACAUAUUCCUGGUUUAGCAGAGUGAUAUCUACAGGCUACAAGAAGCCAUUGGAAAGGGAGGACCUGUUUGAACUCAGUGAAAGUGAUUCACCAUAUAGUGUGUGUCCUAACUUUGAAAAGCAAUGGAGAAAAGAAAUCCAGAGGCCAGCUACAGGAUUAAUGGUAGCUAUAAUUCUGACAAUAGGCAAUAUCCUCUUCUAAAGUUAAGGCGUCUGAAAACUGGAGAAGAUUUAAAAA